AUGUCGUUUAUAAGUUCUGAUAACAAAGACUCUCAAUUAAUUGCUAUGGUCGCAACUGGGACAUUCGCGAUUUGUAUAGCCUACUUUAUUUGGGGUGUUUUUGCAAAGAAUCCAAUUAAACAAUCUACAGUAGCAAAUAAUACAAAAUCAGCAAAAGAUAUACAAAAGAAGAAAUCUGUUGUUCCAUUGACGUUAGAGUCACAAAUCGAGAACGUAGAAUUGAGAUAUGAAAACGAGUUCAAACCAAGAAUUCAAAAGUUACUAAAAUCAUUCAAUAAAAAUAUUGAAAAAGAUAUUUAUGAAAGAAAUUAUUGCAACGAAAUGUUAUUAAAAUUAUUAAUUGAAUUGGAUGGUAUUGACCUUGUUGAUCUAGAGCCAGAAAGAAAAAAAAUUCUCAAGAGUAAAAGAAAAGAUGUAAUUAAGCUUAUUCAAACUGAAUUAAAGCUUUUAGAUUCUUUAGAAUAA